AUGUUAUCAGGUCUAUCUCUGGAAAUUGAUAACGAUUUCGCAUCUGCGGUUAACAGGCAAGCUAAAACGCGAAGUAUCCAGCAGUUAUUUGAGGGAAAGCGAUUCUUCCUAAGUCGAGAGGUCCCAAGAGAGGUUAUAACUCUUAUAUUACGUGCUUGUGGGGGACAAGUGUCAUGGGAAGCUUAUUUGUGCCCAGGAGCUACAUUUUCUGAAGAGGACAUCUCCGUAGACUACCAUAUACUGGAUAGGCCAUUGUCAAAGAUGAAGCCUUCCAGGUUUUACGUGCAACCCCAAUGGGUUUUUGAUAGUCUCAAUUCUGGUAGGCUUCUUCCAGGCCAGGAUUAUCUACCUGGAGUCGAACUUCCUGCUCAUUUAAGUCCGUUUUCUAUUGCUUUGCAAAACGAGACUUCGAUCCGUCCUCAUAUUUCAGGUGGACUUACAAGUAUUGUACCAGGUAUGGGGGUGGGUGCUCAGCUAUACAAGCCUCCGGAAGUGGAUUAUCUCGCGGGCCUAGUUAGUCUGGCUGAGACACGCGGUAGUGCCGUUGCUUGCUCAACAGAGAGCCGUUUGUUCGAAAAUAUCGAGGACAGCUACGCUAAAAAUGGACAAAACUGCGCAACACAAGACAUCAAAAAAGCCAAAAAGCGAAUUUCGUCAAAGAGCAAGAUUGCAGUUCUACCUGGUCAUGUACAGCACCAAAACUCCGAGGACACAAGCAAAAAUGAGAACGCUGAGCUUAAACUUCGCGAGAUGAUGCUUCCCAAGCGCCAUAGAAAAGUUUAUUACAAAAUGAAGCAUUCUAUAAAGCGCAGAGACAAAGAAGUCCAAAAUCUCUCCGCGAGGAGAAAGCAAUUUGAA